AUGGCCGGUCAGGGGUGCAAGAUAACCGCAGUGGCGCUGCUGCCUCUGCUCAUCCUCCUGCCGCUGGCGAUGCUCUCUUCCAUGGCGUCGGCUACGGGCCGCUCGCCGGCAGCGCUGAGCGGCGAGGGCUUCCCGGUGCUGAGGAAGGUCCCAACUGGACCAAGCAAUGAGACCAGCGACCCGCCGCCGCCACCGUAUCAAGUGCCCGAGAGCCCCGUCGUCGACUUUCCAGUGCUGAGGAAGGUCCCAACUGGACCAAGCAACGAGACCAGCGAUCCGCCGCCGCCACCGUAUCAAGUGCCCGAGAGCCCCGUCGUCGACUUUCCAGUGCUGAGAAAGGUCCCAACUGGACCAAGCAACGAGACUAGCGAUCCGCCGCCGCCACCAUCUCAUGUGGCUGAGAGCCCCGUCGUCGACUUCCCGGUGCUGAGGAAGGUCCCAACUGGACCAAGCAACGACACCAGCGACCCGCCGCCGCCGCCAUCAUCUCAAGUGGCUGAGAGCCCUAUCGUCGACUUUCCGGUGCUAAGAAAAGUUCCCUCCGGACCAAGCAACAUAACAAGCGAUCCACCGCCGCCGCCUUCAGUGGCCGCGAGCGCUUGA